AUGGUUGGGUGGGGCAACCCACUUGUGAAGUUCCUUUGCGCUGUGGAAUACCACCUCACCUUGCAAAUGGAGUCACCAAGACCACUACUAAACCUCGAUAUGAGCAUAGUGAAAGAGUUGAAUACAUGUGUCAGCAAUACUACAUCAUGGAGGGCGAGCCUUUCAAAACCUGCAACAAUGGUGAAUGGACUGGAGAGAUGAGAUGCCACCUUGCUGCAGGCUGUGAAAGACCACCUGUCCUUGCAAAUGGAGACACCACGACCAGUGCUAAACCUCGAUAUGAGCAUAAUGAAAGAGUUGAUUACACAUGUCAGCAAUACUACAUCAUGGAGGGCGAGCCUUACCAAACCUGCAACAAUGGUGAAUGGACUGGAGAGAUAAAAUGCCUCAAACCCUGCACUGUGGAUAGAGAACUCCUGAUAGCACAUAAUCUUGCAUUCAGACAUAAAGGUGCAGAUAAAUUGUAUUCAGCCCAUGAUGAUGUAAUAGCGUUCCGGUGUGUCACAGGAACAAGACAUGACGGCAGAGUGGGAAUGCGUCAGAAGUGUAAUGAUGGUGUGAUGGACCUGCCAACUUGCCAUUAAGAGUUUUAGUCAGCUGGAAGUGUUAAACAUGAGCUGUCUGGACAAACAUGUAAAAGAUAAUCAGAGUUAAUUUUUUAAUGACAAAAUUAACAGUUGACAGUUGUGCACUGGUCCACUGUCUAUACUUCAGUUUUCAAUAUUAAUAAAACAUAUACAGUUUGUUCA